AUGAGCCAGGCCUUCUGGAAAACCUACAAGUCCAAAGUGCUACAGACCCUGAGUGGGGAAUCUGAGGAGGGCCUGGCAGAGGAGAAGGAGAAACCAGUGUUAGUGGAGUCUGAGAUGGCAGAACCCACAGAAGAGGCCUUCAACCCCAUGUCACAGCUGGCCCGCCGGGUUCAGGGGGUCGGGGUGAAAGGUUGGCUGACGAUGUCAUCUCUGUUUAACAAAGAAGAUGAGGACAAGCUGCUGCCACCAGAGCCCUGUGCUGACCACCCGCUGGCUGCGCAGCCCGCCCCGCAGGCGGCGGCCGAGGCGCGCGGGCCCGGCUUCUGGGACGCGUUCGCCAGCAGGUGGCAGCAGCAGCAGGCGGCCGCCGCGUCGAUGCUGCGCGGAGCGGAGCCCACCCCGGAGCCGGACCCCGAAGCCGGGGACGAGGCCGCCGAGCGCCCCGAGCCGCGCGAAGCCGAUCCCGUGGCCGGUUUCAAGUGGGGCUUCCUCACCCACAAACUGGCCGAGAUGAGGGUGAAAGCGGCGCCCAAGGGCGACUAG